GAUCUUUAGGGUUAUUCCUCUGAAGGACUUCCCAUUCUGGUACCCUGGUCUUUCUUAGGAGCCAUCAGCUCAGGACCCAGGUAAGGACAAUGUCUCCUGCCAUUGCACUGGCAUUCCUGCCACUCGUGGUAACACUGCUGGUGAGAUACCGGCACCAUUUCCGACUGCUGGUACGUACAGUCCUGCUGAGAAGUUUUCGGGACUGCCUGUCGGGACUUCGAAUUGAGGAGCGGGCCUUCAGCUAUGUGCUUACCCAUGCCCUACCUGGAGAUCCUGGUCACAUCCUCACCACUCUAGACCACUGGAGCAGCUGCUGCGAGUACCUGAGCCACAUGGGCCCUGUCAAAGGUCAGAUUCUGAUGCGGCUCGUGGAAGAGAAGGCCCCUGCUUGUGUGCUGGAGCUGGGCACCUACUGCGGAUAUUCUACACUGCUUAUUGCGAGAGCCUUGCCCCCUGGGAGUCGCCUUCUCACUGUGGAGAGGGACUCACGUACAGCAGCAGUGGCUGAAAAAGUCAUCCGGCUGGCUGGCUUUGAUGAGCAAAUGGUGGAGCUCAUUGCAGGCAGCUCAGAGGAAGUGAUCCCACGCCUAAGAGCUCAGCACCAGCUGAAUCGGGCAGAUCUGGUGCUUCUGGCACAUCGACCUCGAUAUUACUUAAGAGAUCUGCAGCUACUGGAGGCCCAUGCUCUGCUCCCACAUGGUGCCACUGUAUUGGCUGACCAUGUGCUUUUUCCUGGUGCACCCCGCUUCCUACAAUACACCAAGAGCUGUGGUCGCUAUCGCUGCCGCCUCCACCACACCAGCCUCCCAGACUUCCCUGCCAUCAAGGAUGGCAUAGCCCAACUCACUUAUACUGGACCUGGCUGAGGUCCAGGACCUGGGAUAUUUACUAAUACAAUCCCAACCCCAUUCAAGCAGACCUCAGAAUAUCUCCUUUCCCUUUCUGUUUAGUAUCCAACACAUGCUAGGCUCAGGCUGGGGAGGCUUUCUUUUCAACUCUGUUCCCCUGCAACCUCCAUACUGAUCUGAAGUGUCAAAUUCUAUCAGCCUGCUUGGUCCCACAAGGUCCCCUCAUAGAACAUCAGGAACUGGAAGCAAGAGGCCUGAGCUGUCAACUUAAUUACUGACUGCUCCCUCCAAGAGUUCUUCCCUCCUCUGAGAUUCAGUUUACUCUUAACACCGAGACAGCUGGGUGACGGGGCUGGAGAGAGAGCACUACAGCUAAGAGCACUGCCUGCUGCCCCCUACCUAAAGGACGUGGGUUCAAUUUCCAGCUCUCACAUGGCACAGGCACACAUGUGAUAUACAUACAUACAGACAAAAAACUUUUAAGCAUAAAAAAAAAACACACAAAAAGACAUCUGGUUGGCAGAACCCCAGAGCCUCCCAGCUAUGAGACUCAGACAAGAUCAGAGGAAGCUGCAGACAAUGAGGCCCUGUAGGAACAUAUGGGUACAAGCUAGGCCAUAAGAAUUAUCAAUCACAGAAACCUGGGCUCUGAUCCUGGCCAACGUGGUCCAUUAGGUUUGUUUGAGAGCCCUUACAUAACCCCAUCCCAAUGUCCAAGAAAAAAUGCUGAACUCUGGGUCCCACCAACAAACAGGGAAUAGACACUGGGGAAAGAAUCAGUCCUGUGUCUUUAUUAAGGAGGGUUAGAAAGGGACCACACCUGGCAACCAAGGAGUGAGGUACCAGCCAGGAAGGUGGGAUGGGCUCAGGCUCUUGGGAUUCAAGGGAAGACUGGUGGCCUGGAAGGGCCCAAGGAGACCUCGUCCUGGCAGCAGCUGAGUAAGUGCCUAAGGGAAAGCUUUAGGCACUACAGCCACAGCUGCUUCUGCAGGCUGAAGAUUCAAAAUAGGCUGGGGUGGUCUGGAAUCACACUGAGGCCACCUUGGUUUGUCUACCUAGAUCAUCCACUGGUCCUGAUCCUGUUCGUUGCCUUCCAUGUCCACCUGAAGAGGAGGCUGGGUGUGGGUGGGGAGGGGCCUCAGCCAGCCUCAGCCCAGAUCCUGCCCCUGGGUACAGCCAGGGUUUCUAUAUGCCUUGGCCAUCAAUUAGAUCAGGGGCAGGAGCCUAGGAACAAAGGCACUCCCCUACACCCCGCCUACCUCAUUGACCUCUCCAUCAUCAGGGGACUCAUUAUAGUCAUUCAUCUCAUCCAUGUCCUGCAUGUCCUCAUCAUCUUCUGAGUCCUCUUCACUGUCCUCAUCAUCUUCAUCAUCCUCUUCUUCCUCGUCAUCGUAGUGCUGGUAGAGCAAAAAGACUCUGUAGGCCUCAGGGUUCCUGGACCAGGUCAGGAGCUGGCCUACCUGAGCCUCCUCCUUCCUAACCCUGCCCAUCUUGAGUCUGGCAAGCUGCUGCAUGACCUGAAGGACCUUAGUACUAAACACAAUGCCUCGCUCCUCAAGUUCCCACUUUUUCUGUCUACCCAGAUUGAAAACUGCAAUUGUUCUGAGCCAAAAGCAAGGUCAUUAAAGUAAAGCCUUGUUCUACUAGGCUUCACAUAGGCCCCACCCAAAGGAACUACUCACCUCUGAGGCAGGCUUGCCAAUAGGUACCAGGUUGUUGUCUUUCUCUGCGAUGCUUUGGAGCUGUGGGCAAAGGAGUAUGAGGAAAAGUAGAGCCAAGGCACAAGCAGAGAAGUCAGAUAGCUUACUCUACCCCUUAAGAGACUCCCAAAUGUUGAAACAAAGCUUCUUCCCCCCAGUUCUCAGAAAGAUGCCAUCUCCCUUUCUCCUGUCAUCUGCUCCUUAUAAAAUUGAUGGAC